AUGCAGUCCCCGGCGGUGUUCGUCACCUCCAGGCGAGUGCAGAAUGUCCACACGGGCCUCGACCUGACCGUGCCCCAGCACCAGGAGGUGCGGGGCAAGAUGAUGUCAGGCCACGUGGAGUACCAGAUCCUGGUGGUUACCCGGCUGGCUGCGUUCAAGUCGGCUAAGCACAGGCCCGAGGAUGUCGUCCAGUUCUUGGUCUCCAAAAAGUACAGUGAGAUCGAGGAGUUCUACCAGAAACUGAGCAGUCGUUACCCCACGUCCAGCCUUCCCCCGCUCCCCAAGAAGGUCCUGUUCGUUGGGGAGUCCGACAUCCGGGAAAGAAGAGCCGUGUUCAAUGAGAUUCUGCGCUGUGUCUCGAAGGACGCCGAGUUGGCAGGAAGCCCAGAGCUGCUAGAAUUCUUAGGCACCAGAUCCCCAGGGGCUGCGGACCUCACCAGCAGAGAUGUCUCUGUCCUGGAUGCACACAACCAGGCCCAGGAUGAUGGGGGGGCUUUCGACUUCUUCGAGCAACAGGACCGAGCGGAGGCUGAGGGUCUGCCCAUCCCAGGCCAGAAGGGCGAGGACGCAAGAAACUCCUCCGAGGAGGAAGAGGAGGAAGCACUGGACCCUCUGGGCAUCAUGCGCUCUAAGAAGUCCAAGAAACGCCCUGAAGUGGCUGUGAAACCUAAACCCUCACCCCGACUCACCAUUUUUGAUGAGGAGGUGGACCCUGAUGAGGGGCUCUUCGGCCCAAGCACGAAGCUCUCCCCGCAGCGCCCCGCAGAGGACAUGCCCCUCCAGGACCCCCUGAAGUUGUUUGAAGAUCCUGACCUCGGCGGUGCAGUCCCUCUGGGUGACCCCUUACUGCUGCCUGCCGCCAGUGAGAGUGGAGGGCCCAUGUCCCACGCGGAGCUGUUCAGAGUUGAAGAGGACUUGGACCAGCUUCUGAACCUGGGGGCUGAGCCCACCCCCAAGCCCCAGCCUGAGUGUGAAGUACCAGUGGCCGCUAGGCUGGCGCUUCCCAGAAAGCCAGCUGUCCCCCCCCGGGUGGGCCUGUCGGAGGCCGUGGUGGGGCAGCGGAAGCAGCAACAGAUUCAAGCCAUGGAUGAGAUGGACAUCUUACAGUAUAUCCGGGACCACGAUGCGCCCGGCCGGGCCGACCCCAGCCUCUUCUGACGCCCCCACCCCCUGGACUGGCCCUGGGCCGGCAGAGCCUCUCCCCGGAGCGAUGUGGUGAGGUGGGCCCUGUGCCCUGCAGGGCCAGGACCUCUGUUCCCAGGGGAGGGGGGUGGACGCCCAGGUCAUAGGACCCCUGUACUGCCUUGGGUUUUUGUCUUGUCUUGUUUGCCUGUGGGGUCAUAGAACCCUGCAGGGCACAGAGAGAGAGGUCACCAUAGGAAUUGGAGCCCGAACUGUCUCAGCCACAUGGAUGUGGAGGGGAGAGCAUGUGGGGUGCCUUGCUAACCAGGAGCUCAGCCCCCGGGAUGAAGUUGAGACUGCAGGGACCCUGGGAUGUCCUACUCAGGGCAGGGAAACUUUGUGUCCAUUCGUGCCUACUGCAUAGUAGGGAGGGUCCACCCAGCCUGGGAGUGGGGGCUGGAGUCCCUGGGCAGUGUGGCUCCUGGGGGCCUGCAGGAUCCGAGAGGGUCCCCGGGGGACGGAUGCUGAGGGGGUACCUGGGAGAGCCUGGUUGGGUGGAGUGUCCCUGAGCUGCCUCUGGUCCUCAGGUGCUAAGCAAGGUACCUUCCCAUGUGCCCAUCUUGAGGGAGACACGAGGCCCAGCCCUGCCUCUCUCGGGUGUGGACGGCCUGACAAGCCCCUGGUCGUCCUCCCUCCUUUCCCAGGGAAUACCUGGCCAGACCAUGGCCUCCGGGGGCCUCUGGCCAUAUGGCCAGUGUCCACCCUUGCAGCUCUGAGCAGCGUGGUCCGAACACUGCCUGGGCCUACAGCUAGGCCUACUCACGGGGGGCCUAGGUAGAUGCUCCUGGCUACUGCUUGGAGCACUUUGUCCAGAGGUGGGUGGUGCCAGGCCUUCCCUGUCCCCCAGAUCUGGACAUGUUCACCGGCCUCUCAGCAGUGGGGACCGUCUCUCCAGGGAGAAGGAGCCCUGUGCCAGAGCAGGGCCAGUGCCUUAGACUUCCCUUGGACCCCCCACGCCCUGGCACCCGGGUCGAGGCAUGGCACAGUGCUCAGGAAAUUCUCAGUGAACGAUGUUUAAUAGAGCAAAGAAUAUCUUUUUAAAUAUAUUCUUCAUGUUCCGAACUAGUUUUUAAUGAAACACGGUUUUUAGUGAAACGCAACCCCUGUUGUCCCUCGGCUUCUCCUGCUUGAAAGGACCCUGGAAGGGGGUUUGGAAGUAGGACCCCAGAUGCUUUCCUGAUCGGGGGCAACCGCAAGCCCUGAGGGAGGCCCCCAACCAAGCUGGUUGUUGGCCACCAUCAGUCUCUAGUACCCUGCUCCUGCCCUGUGCCCAGACCCGUAGGGCGUGGGACCACCCCCUCUGCUCUGUCCUGCGUCUCUUGCACCCCGGCACCCUCAGCAGCUGUCCAGUCUGAGGAGGCUGCCCUCCCCCAGCCUGGGCCAGAGGGACGGGAAGUAGGCAGUCGUGAGGUCUGAGAGCUGCACACCUUCUCUGCCUUACCCGGGCUCCAAGGCCUCUCUCCCCAGGGCCCUGCGCAGGCUCCAGGGCUCCUCUCACCUGCCACUCCACUUCCCCUUUCAGCGCCAGGCCUUGGCGCCCCCACCCCGCAAGGCCUGGGAAGGAGUGAGUGCUGAGGGGAGGGCUGCCUCUCUGUUCUGCCACCACCACUCAGCGACUGUGACAUCGGAGCAGGGGGCUCAGCUGCCAGGUGCCCGGAAGGGGUCAUUCCAGUGUGGGUUCAUCCACGCAGACUGGCCUCCUCCCUGGGGGCCUGGUGCUUCCUAGACACUUAAGUGAGGAUGUGCACGUCCCCGGAUAAUGAUGCUCGAACUGUGGCUGGUCCUCCACCGCGGGUCUGUGAUCUGGUGAACCCAUGACACCCAGUGAUCCAAUAAAGUUCAUGUCAGUGACUCAUUCCA